GCAACAGUUGUUUCCUGCGGGCUGCGGUAGAUUUCUACUACGAUCCAUUUUCGAUAGGGCCCGGGGCGUCAAUUGCAACCAUGCGCUGCGCGUGACGAUGGGACAGAUUUGAUGGACGACCGUUCGCCUCAUUUAACACAGCCCCUGCACGUUCACAGUGCGCAAGAGACCUGCCGCACCUGAGGCUUGUCACUACUUAUUGAAUAGUCGCAUUAGCACGCUCCCCUCCUCCAUCGCCGGUAUGGACCACCAUCUGAGUCUCCCAUCGCCACGUCUGCCCUCCGAAAUAUGCGACUACAUACUCGAUCACCUAUGGGACAACCAUAAGACCCUCCAGAUCUGCAGCCUCGUCACGCGAGAAUGGCUCCCCAAGACGCGCAAACAUCUUUUUCAUUCCAUCCAUAUCUUCAGCAACACGCGGCGCGUCGCCUUUGAGGAUGUGAUUCUGCAGUCGGGAGAUGCACUGGCGCUCUGCGUCCGCAAGCUAAACUUGAUGCUCGACGAGCUCGAGGGUGGCUGCCCCGUCUCGAUACCCUCUCUGCCUCGAAUACUGGCGCCUCUCGGCCGGCUGGAGGAGCUCACCCUCUGUGUUUCCACGUGGGACGAUUGUUACUUUUCCACGGAGCCUAUAACGUGGCCGGAACUGCCCGCGGUGAAGGCUCUUCACCUGCACGUCCCCAUCGUCAACGACGUCGUAAGCCUGCAGCGAUUCAUCUGCGCAUGCCCCUUGCUCUCCUCCCUAGAGCUGCGGAUAGUACUAACCUCAAAUUCCGACGACUCGCACGCCCAUCCUCCAACGGUCAUCCCGAGAUCGAUAGUGAUCGAGACUUUCCAAUGCACUCUCCGCAAGCCAGACCCCGUGGUAAGAUGGAUGCUGCAGGGCGGCCUGAAGCUACGCAUACGUCGACUGGCGAUCGACCGUCUGACUUCAAUCAGUCAUCGCGGGACGGGCGAUACCCAAGGCCUGUUGCGUGCAUCUGGUGAAUGUCUGGAGCACCUUGUCGUCAACUUGGCACUCGAGACCCUCUCCGCUUCACCAGAUGGGCAGCAAGCUUCAGCGCUGGCACACAAUCCGAACCUGGUCUCAAUCUACAUGUCGACUGUAUUGCGUGAUCCUGUUUCCUUUUAUGCCUCGCCUUAUCCCAGUAGCUGGCGGACCUUGCUCUCAAUCCUUGCCGACAUCCAGCCAAUGCACACCAAGCUGCAGUCAAUCGACAUCACGUUGGUUACGACAUUCGAGCCAGAUAUCACAAGCAUGCCUUGUGAGCAGCUUGAUGCCGCCCUGGCGCGGAUUGUGGACAUUCACCCGCGGUUGGUCUUCACCGUGUGGAUAGAAUGCACUUUUCUUAAACCAACGCCACGGCUGGCGGAGUUCGUCGGAGCGCUCUUGCAACGCUUGGUCAGGGUGCAGGCGGCACGGGGCAGACUCUGUUUGAUGUGGCUGAACGAUUACGAUGAAAACAGAGAUUUCAGUCACCGUACGACACCGUCCUGGUGUUCGCGAUGAUGAUGUGGCAGGGCUCGUUCAUCCAACUUUCCUCCUUGGCAACGCCUUCCAUGUACAUCACUCUUUAGGACUUUGCUUGUUACGCACUUUGGACUAUGGUUCGUAGAUUCCACCUUCCGCCUGCGCGCGAGUCGCAGGGCGUUGUGAUCGCAAUGAGGGUUCACGUUGUCAUUUGGGACGGCUCAUUCAAGCGAAACAUAUUAUACCGAACAUUCGCAGAGUUUCAAGAUAGCAUGCUCUCAGGCAGUGCUCAUCCGCC